ACAGGGGUAAAGAAAAAGUCCUUUUAAAGCGCCAACACACGCACACUCAGUCCGUUAUUUUUUGCGUUUUUGAAGUUGAUUUCUACAUUAUGAACUUCUCUCUAAAACAGGAGUCUUGUUUUUCUGUGCAAGGUAACAAACUCUGGUAAGCCCGUUUAACUCUCUAAAUAGGCUAUAAAAAGAUAACCAGCGGUUUAUUACUGCGCUAAAAUGCCUACUGAACUAAAGCAGAGGAGGAAGACGCAGGCACAGAAGCAAAGCGAUGAACCAUCAGAAGGCUCAAACGGGAAAGAAGAAACGCAGAAAGUGAAGACUGAAGCAGGAGACAAGACAGGAGCGAGCAAAACGUCCUCGGGCCUGGACAUUAGAAGUGUAAUGUGCUUGUUGUCGCUCGCAGCUUGCGGGGCUCUGAGCUGGUUGGUGCUGCAGCAGAAUGAGAAGUUUUCCCAGAUUGAGGAAAAAUACAGAUCUCUACACGGAAAAACUUCCAGUCUGUUCGACAUGGAGGAGGAGAUUGUCAGAGUUUCCAAAAAGCUUGCCGCCUCUGAGGAUGACCUACAGGAUGCGGUCUCCACCAUCUCCCUGGUGACAAAACUCCAGCAGGACAUCUCCACCCUCCAUGCUGCUGUCACGACAAUACAGGCUGAUGAAAGCUCUGCCUCCCGUGAUCUGGAGAAGGUCAACGCCCACUUCCUCAACGUGACCGAGACGUGGCAAGAGAGUCUGGCAGCCAUCACCACCGAUCUCACCUCACUCAAGGCCGAGUCCAGGGACACUCAUGCAGGAGCCACAGAGCGGGUGAAUGAAGCCGAGCGGAGAAUCCGUUCACUGGCGGAGAGGCUGGAGGAGCUCAAGGACAGCACAAAGAGGAACGCCCGAGCUCUGGAGCGCACAGAGGAGGACGACGUCAAGCGAGCGCAGGAUCAGCUGGACUGGAACACCAAGCAGAUCCACAAGCUGGAGGAGCAGAUCGGCAUCCUGAACAAGAGGGAGGCCGAGCUAAGCUCUCAGCUCCAGGAGCACAUUCCCCGUGCGAGGGCCUGCGAAGAGCAUCUGCCGGAGGUAGAAGAGGCGGUGCGCUCCAUCCUCAAACUGGGUGGAGAUCUGAGCGGGAUGGAGAAGAGGCUGGAGGAGGUGACCUUGCAGGUGUUCGGCACCGAGGACAGCAUGCUGAAAGCAACAAAUGAAAUCCUCGAGAUCAGACAGGAGCUGGACACCCUGCAGGCUCAAAACAGCAUCAUGAAGAUGAAAAAUGAGUUGUCCGUGGUUAAAGAGGCGGUCCGUGAACUCACCAUGGUGUUGAGGGAAAGUGGGGUUGACAGCCAAAUGAACUCUGACGCUCUGGAGGAAGUGGAAUGGAAUGAGGAGGAGGAAGAGUGGGAGAAAGAUGAAGAGGAUAAAUUGACCGAGCCUUUUCUUGAUGACCUCACGGAAUGAUGUCAUUGUUGUUGUUUUUUUGUCCACUAGGAAAAAUGAGUAGGAAUGUCCUGUUUAACUGUAGGCUGUAAACCCCUUAAGUUGAGUUUAGUAGUAUCUCUGUAAACUUUGUACCUCACUUUAAUGUCAGAAAACUAGCCUGAUGUCACCACGAGCUCAUUAAAACACUGCACUGUAUUACAGAAGUCGGAUACAUUUACCUUUGUGCACCAUUUUAUUAAAUAUGCCCGACUACUCUCAAGGUAUCCAUAUGCACUGAUACAGUUUUAAAGCAUUAAAUGUGCCAGUCUUUGUUCA